CGCGGCCGCGUGCGUAUAUAUAAACCGCGUCGGCUUCCCACCGGCCGCAGCAAGAAUCGAUCGCGAUGGAGAUUAUGCAACAGCUCGCCGCCGCCGCCACCGCCACCGCCACCGCCACGGCAACGCCCCUGUGCCUUCCUGAACCCCCUCCGACGGCGAUGACGACGGCGCAGGUGGAGGCCGCCAUCGCGACGCUGCACGGCAAGAAGCAGGGCCUCCGCGAGGCCUACGACAGCCUCGUCCUCCACUCGCCCAUCCCCCUCCCCUUCCGCUGGUCCGACCUCGACUCCCACCUCUCCUCCCUCCAGUCCUCCAUCCACGCCCGCUUCAGCCAGCUGCAGGCCCUCCAGGCUUCCCGCCCCGCGCCCCCCGCCGCCGCCGCCGCGAGCCACGACGAGGACGUCGAGAUGGAGGACGUCCAGGAACAGGGAGAGGACGAGGUGAUGGCGCCUCCGUCUACGGUGCAGGUCAAGGAGGAGCCUGUGGAGGCGGCGGCAUGCGCGUCGAAUACCGCCGGCGAGCGUGCCGGUGUCGGGCAAGAUGGGUUCGUUCGACCCGGCGGGAUGGCGGCGGCGAAGAUGGCGUCUCCGUCAAAGGUGCAGGUCAAGGAGGAACCCGUGGAGGUGAGUCCAUCUCCUCCGGCCGGCGCCACGGGUCUUACGGCGGCGGCAUGCGCGAGCAUGGACGCCCCGAGACUAACCGACGUCUGCAAGCGCGCCGGCGGUGGCGGCGGCCAAGGUUUGUGCGCGCGAAACGGUAGUGGUACAGCGCAGUCACCCCCGAUCCCUAGUUGCCCUGUGCUCCAGCAGCAGCACACGGCCGGCGCCCCGAACGGCAGCCACCCUGUGCUACGGCAACACGCCGCUAACGCCAUGAACGCCGGCCACUCGGCCGCGUUCCGGCCGCAGCAGCACAUGGGUAAACCCCGGGACACGUGUGACUUGCGGAAGGCCGCCGCACCGAACACCGGAGAUCGCCUGCCGCUGCAAUGGCGGCAGCAGCGCGUGCACGCUAAUCUCACGUGCCCCUUGCCGCCACCGGUGGUCGCGGGCUCCUCCUCCUCGCCGCCACAGCAGCGCGUGGGCGUGUUCCCCUCGCCAACGCCGCAGAUCGUGGGCUCCUCGCCGCCGCCGCCAUCACAGGCGCGCGUGGGAGAGGCUAAUGUAACGAACCCAUCGCGGCAGCAGUUCACAGCUAGCGCGCCACACGCGGGCGAUGGCCAGCUCCAGAAGCGGCCGCCGUGGCAGCGGCUGCAGCGCGUGGGCGUGGCUAAUCCCAUGAACGCCGGUGACCUGCCGCCCCAGAAGCCGCACUUCACGGCCAACGCAAGAAACGCCGGAGAACACCCGUUCCAGGAGCAGCAGCAGCCGCCGCCCGUGGCCAAACCCACGGACGCCGCCGCCGGUGACCUGCUUCCUCAGCAGAAGCAGUUGAUGGCCAACGCACCAAACGCCGGAGAACACUUGCUCCCGGAGCAACAGAAGCAGCAGCCCGUGACAGCUGCAAAACCCGCGAACGCGCCGCCUCUGCAGCACGCGGCGAACGCCACCAACCCAGCCGUUCUCCGGCGGCAGCGGCAGCGGCAGUGGGUUCGACUUCGACCACCGACCGCCACUAACCUGCCGCAAACGAAGCAGGAGCAGCAUCAUCUGUUCAUGGCUGACGACGGCGCCAACGCCCGCAAUCCCCUGUCGCCGCCGCCGCCGUGCGGCAUGGCCAAACCCCCCAACUCCGGUGACCCGCUGACGGAUCAGAACAAUCAGCAGCUCAUGGCGAACACCCACUCUGCCCCUACACCGGUUUCCACACCAUUGGUUGCAUCGAACCAGAGUGAAUCAUCAGCCAUGACGACGACGACGACGACGAACAGCAACCAAAACUCCGGCGGCGGUCGCACCGGCCCGCAACCCGUAGCGGCCGGCGCUGCUCCAAAUCCGGCCGGCAACCAGCAGCAAGGGCAGCGGAAAGGUGGUGCAAACAGGCGAGGCGGACGAGGCCAAGGCAACAAGAACAACAACGUUGCUAAUACCAAUAUUAGCAACAUGAGCAAGGUGAUUGGCAAGGGCAACAAGGGGCAGGGCAAUGGAAACCCCCAGCUCAACAAGAAUGGGAACCCCCAGUUCAACAAGAACGUGCCGGGUGAUCAUCACCAGAAGAACAAGAAUGCAGGGCAGCUUUGCUACAGGUGCGGGUGCAGGGGGCACUGGUCGCGCAUCUGCCGCACUCCUGAGCAUCUGGUGAAGCUUUAUCAGCAGGACAGAAAGGCCAAACUGCAAGCAGGAGCGAAUACGAAUACGGUUUAUGUGGGAGCCAUGACGGAUUAGGGGUUAUAAGAUGGGUACAUUGAUUAUAUAUCUUUGUGCGUGUAGCAUACCCAUUUUCGAGUUAUCUUAAUGUUAUCGUACUAGACAUGCUUUUCGUGUUUCCUACAGCAUUUCCCCCCCUCAAAUUCUUAGUUACAGUUAUGUUAUCGGUUUUUAUGUUAGAUCUAUAUUCUAGUAUCAUUUUAUUCUGGUAAAAUUUGAUAUAA